UUAGAGGCUUCAAAGUCAUCUUACUCUUCAAGUAAUGUAGGUACCUUUCAGCUGCCAAUAUGUGGGUGGAUUACAGUUUAAUGUCCCUCUUUUCUCGGGUCCUCCUUCAACCAUGGCGCAGCUCAUUGGCCUAUAAUCAUUACGCAAUGAGGCUUUGAGUUUGAGUUGCGUUGGGAGGUAGCGAUUAUGCCUUCCUUUGAACUUUGGGCGUAUUUUACCUGCUUUUUCCUCGCUUAUAUGUACCUACAAACUUUAUCCUUCUAGGGAGAGUCUGGGGUGCCUCGUUGCGACUCCCCGCUGUCCUCCGUCGUAGCGAACCAACUCUUUCCUUUUCCUCUUCUUCUACUUCCCCUCCCCCCUCUUACACUUUAAAUUCUUUUCUUACUUUCAUUCCUUUUUUUCUUCGCUUCAAAAAUAUUAUUUUGAAUCGGCCAGCCACCUCUCUUGCGGGUGUCUGCAUCCUUUCUUGUUGGCUUACGGCUUCGGCUUGAAACAUGCCUGUUCCCGUGGUCGCCAAGGUCGGCGUUAUCGCCCUUUCGGUCGCCGUCGCGGCUGCUAUAGCAGUUUACGAAUCACCGGAGCUACAGCGCAUGGCAAAUGACCUUCGACGCCGAAUUGCUAUAGCCCUUCAUGCUCUCGGCGACAGCGUCACCCCUCAAGAACGAGAGAACCUUUUCAAUAGACCCGAAGAUGCCGAAGGAUUCUUCCGAUCCCGAGGAGUCGAUAUUAAUGGCGACAUGGAUGUCGAUGCCGACGAUGAGACCCGCCGACGACAGAGAGAAGAAAUAAUGUAUUGGAAUGCCCUCCGCGAAGAGAAGAAAACACAGGAAUCGAGUGACCCAGAGAAAGUUGGAGGUUCGCGACCACGAGGCUCGAGUUUCGAUGAUUUUCUCCGAGAGGACGGCAAUGCUGAGAAAGGUACCUACGUUUUCCAGACAGGAUUAGAAGCCCGGAACAAUGAAGGUCUACUUCGACGACGUGGAGACGGAGCUCGAGGCUUAUCUCAAUCCAUCUACACAAACCCCUUCUCUGACGAGCACGGAAUCGAUGGGGACAUUGCCUUUGAAAACAGUUUGAUGGAUCCCGAGAAAGAUGAAAUCGAGUCGGAUAUCUACAGCGCUAGCACCCAGCUUGGUAUUAAGGAUAACACGCCUCCAUCUGCAACUCUAUUACCAUCUCCUGCCAUUACCGCCGCUGCCGCCACCUCCGAAACCCCGCUAGUUGAUACUGAUGACCAUCCAUCGGCCACCCGGUCAGCACCAGCCGAACCUUCCGAACGUGAACUUGGCCCAGAUGAAUAUAUGACCGCCGGGCAAGAAGACUCGCACGACGCCUACAGCUCUAUCCAGGCUUGGGCUCAUGACGCCUCGACCGCCAGCUUCUACUCGCCUCUACCCGUUUCUCCUGCUGAGCCCAUGUCCGAGCCAGAACUUGUUAGUGACGGUAUGUUAACACCAACAGACUCUGCUUCGCUAGCAGGUUCUGGUGAGGAUAUCGGCGAGGCUGUAUCUGCUGUAUCGUGGUCUGGAAGCCGUCAUUACGAUGUGAUGAGCGACGAUGAGGGCAUGAUGACCCCAGCCAGCUGGACCGAGGUCGGAAGUGUGGUGAGCGAGAGCGAGGCAGGUGUCGCUGGUGCGGUACACCAUUAAUAUAGACGAUUCUCUUCUCAUUAUUUCAUCUUCGAUACCGCAGAUUUUUCAUGGCAUGGCGUCUUGGUUUAGGGAUUUGGACUCGAGGUAACUGGAUCAACAUGGACAAAUGGGCUAGGCAUCCCGACAAUGGAGCCAUUACUUUGUUAUUUUGACUAGAGGUUAUCUGAUUUAGAAAAUGUAGCAUUGAUUACAACUCUAAAAUAG